AUGGCGGAAUUUCUUAGGCUGCAAGAUCUGACCAGAAAUUGGGCAGCGGAGUUGGCAAAUUUCAGCCGAAUCGGAGGACAGGAGAGCGUGACCGGAGCAAGCCCGACAGUAACCGCAUCAGAGACAAGCGCGCAGCCCACGGCACAACCUCCAUCUACCAUGCCGACUUCCCCAACGACUCCACAAGAAGAGGAAUCUCCCACUGCAGCCGCACCGUCAGAACCCUCGGAACCCUCUCCGAGCCACCAAGAGACAGAGCCCAUGGAUGUUAACCCUAUUGCGGCCUAUUACGAUUCUAAUCCAGAAGAAAGGAAGCAAAGGCUGAGGAAGGAGAAGCAAGGCCAAGAGGGAAGAAGUGCAGCUCAGGAGACGCCGGUCACAGAAACCGUCCAUCACGAAGUGGCAAGAGGGGAGAUAGAUCUGAACGAAUCUGCCCAGAAGCGGAACCUCAUGACUGACGAGGAGUUCGAUUCGAUUGUGAACAGGGUGAACCAAAGAGAAGAAGGAGAGAGUGAAGAGACAGGGGUAGUACGUGUACCAGAAGGCCCAGCCUACCAGCCUGGAGACCGAGCAGACGAAAGCCAAGCUAGGGAAGAAGAGAUAAUGCUGGAAUCACCCCAGCCAGAAGCAGAGAGGGGUGAUACAUCUAUUGAAGAACAGGAAACGGAAGCAAAGGAAACAGAACCGGAUAUUGAAGUACCCGUCCCAGUAGCGCCUCCAGUAGUAAAACCAAAGGCCGUCAAGAGGCAGUUGAUUUUGAAAGGCGAUCAGAAGGCAGACCGGCCUAAACCAACAAGGGUGUCACAGAGAUGCCUGGGAAAAUGGGCAGCUAGCAAAGCCGAGGCAAACACAGCGGAAACUCCGGUAGAAAUUGAAAGUGAAGGGGAACGACCCACUCCCACAAAACCUGGGGAGGAGCUUCUACCUGCUACUGACCUGGAGGAAGCUGAUAUGGAAAUCGAUGAAGCCCCUCAGGCACAAGGUGGCCAAGGCGAAGAAGCUGAGUCAAGUCCUACUGCCCAGGAUGAGUCCUUAACUCAAGCGGAGGAGGAAGCCAGAUAUCAACAAGCAAGAAAGAGGAAGGGGAAGGCUCCAAUUCAGAAGAAAUCGAUCACCAAGAAGACUCGAGUAGUAAAUACUAGAAUAGUCAUCAGGGAAGCUGCUCAGAGAACUCCGCCGAGCCGAAGGGAGUUGAGCGACAACGAGUAUACGGCUGGUGCCGAAUCAGCCUCCGAAAGCGAUGUUUCUUUGAAGGAUGAGGAGUACGCCAAACAACAGCUUCUGGAAGAUCAUCGGGAGUUAGUCCACCCACCGGUAGAGAGAUUAAGGUACCGGAGGUGGACAGUGGACUUCACUGACGAGAUAGCGGAUGAAGCUUUUUGA